AUGGCUCAACGAAAAACCGACAGGACGAACAUGAAGCUACGCAUGGUGCGAGUGACCAGUUUGUUUUACGUGUACGAGCAGCUGCACGACAAACUUGCCGUUUUAGAUUCGACGAACGAUGGGUUAAGGCAAUUAACCGAGAUCCAAGACGACUACUAUGAGCUCGCCGCAGUAGUAGAGAACAUUUUAGGCGCGACUAGGCUGGUGGAGGCAACCGGUGAGACCACCAUGAUUGGAAGACAGCGUUUGCUCAAGCUUCCGGUCGCAGAGUUGCCAAAAUUUAAUGGAGACCGCAGCAAGUGGCUGACGUUUAAAAACACUUUCAUGAGCAUGGUCGACAGAAGAUCGGACAUCGAUGAUUUAACAAAAUUUCUCCACUUGAGAAACUCACUAAAGGGGAAGGCAGCAAACAAGCUCUCUUUGUACCACGCUAGCGCAGAAGGCUACAGGACUGCUUGGGUCUUACUUACCGACGCGUACGAGAGAAAGCGCCUUCUCGUUUCUCGGCAUUCAGACGCGAUUCUUGACAUCGAGGCGUUGAAGAAGGAAGCGUCGGAAGGGCUGGCGAAAAUCAUAGACGAGGUUCGCCAACAUCUUAGCAUGCUAAAAUCCUUAGACGUGACGCUCGACGAGCGGGUUAUUGUGAGAAUUCUCGAAAGGGCUCUUCCAGGGGGCGAAAGAGAGAGAUGGAAAGAGUCUCUUGAUCUUGACUCACUACCGAGCUUCGAUUCAUUCUGCAAAUUCAUCAAUGAGACGUCCCACCGGCUCUUGGCCCUGGAACACGAUAACGCGCGCUCGAAGGGGGAGAAGCGGCCGAACGAAAGGGAAUCGCAGACGGCGAAAAUGCGGAAGAGCGCCAACGGGGCGCGCACGUUUGUGUCAACCCCACUCGCGAACUGUGUGCAGUGCAACGACAAGCACAUCAUUUACAAAUGUCCGUCAUUUGAGAAAAUGACUACACAACAGCGUUGGGACUUCGUGAAGGCCAAACACCUCUGUCAAAACUGCUUGCGCACUCACGCCGGAGUGUGCCCUACCGCUAGACGUUGCAAAAAAUGCAGGAGUUAUCAUCACACUCUCGUUCACUCAGGAACAUCCAAAUCAUGGACCUCACGGUUCACGCCGAGGGGUUCAGACAACAACAAAUCGACACAAGCCAAGGCUCAUCGACAUGACUGGGCGUGA